AUGGGUAAGGAAGAGGAGGAAGUAGCAGAAAAUGUGGCAGAAACAGCUGCCCAAGAAAAGGUUGCCUCAGUUGUGAGUGUCAAGAGAGAGAGAUCGCUGAGCCCCCCAUCAACAACUGAAAACAAUACACACCACUGCAAGAAAAGAUGUGUGUCGCCAUCUGAUGGGACGACUCAAGAGACCACAGAAAAAAGUAAGGCCACGGAAGAAGCACCAAGUCCCGACAGCUCUAAAGAUGGUGAUUCUGAUCUUGGUAGCGCGGCGCGUAACCGCUCUCUCGAAGCAUUGUUCAAAGUGACUGACUCGGAGCUGCAGAGUAUUACCUCUAAGGUUAAAGUCCCAAUCAUAGCAACUGAGGCUUUGACGUCUUCACCAGGUUCCGUCCAAGAAGUGCAUGUAUCCGUUGAGAAUUCUGCCGCAAACACAGUUGUAGAAGCUGUGGAAGCCAUCAGUACCACACCACCUAGUGGUGAGGUUGAAAUGGUACAAAUUGUUACCGUGGUUCCCGAGGAUAUGAUUACUUAUCAAUAUCUAAAUGCAGAUAAUGCAAAUCAAAAAUUUCAGUUGAAGUCGGACUCUUCGGAAGAUCACGGUUAUCAAAUUGUCUAUGUAAAUCCAGAUAAUUCACGACAAAUGGAACAGAACGUCCAUUUAGCAUAUCCGGCACAAACAGUGUAUCAAGAUUUACAGGUUGUGCAAAAUCCACAACAGCCCAGUUCAAGUCCUUCAACGCCAUCAGCCGCAACACCUAACCAAGAAAUUGCCCGGAAACGAAAAUAUUCAGCGCAAAAACCUGGCCGGCAUAUUUGUCCAUAUUGCAGUCGGGGUUGUGCCAAGCCGUCAGUGCUGGAGAAGCACAUCCGCGCUCAUACGAAUGAACGGCCUUACCCUUGUGUUCCCUGUGGAUUUUCAUUCAAGACUAAAAGUAACUUGUACAAACAUUGUAAAUCCCGCGCCCAUGCUAUUAAGAUUGGUCACUCUGCGGCGAGCAUUGACGAGAUGGACUUAAAUAAAUCAACAGAUAAAGAUGACAUAGGGGAAGGAAGUGAUAUCUCUGAGAGUGAAUUAGAUGGUGAUGAUGGAGGUACCCAUAUUGAAAUGAUGCCACCAGCGAGAAGGUUGGAUAGCCAGGGCCAGUCAACAGACUCUGAUUGUGCUGCAGCCUUAUCUGUGGCAGGAUUAUAUACGGGGAGAGUAAGCAUGCAAAGUGAGGCACCGUCGACUAAACAUGAUGAAGUUGUCAUAAUAACUGACAUUCAGGACAAAACUGCCUCAUCGAAUUGGCAACUUCAAAGACCAAAUGUAGGCCAAAUUACAAAGUCACAUUCGUUUACCAUGCAUCAAGGGGAGGAUGAAAAGUUACUUUUUUCAUCUGGGAGUUUUGAUUCGGCGGCGGCUGGAAUAUCACGAGCAGAAAAACAGUCGAAAUUUCUCCUCCGAAGUGCCUCGGAGCCAUCCAAGUCAAUGACACCGGAAAUGCUGAAUCAGAGGAUUUCUGCCCUGAUAUCCGCCAAUGAUGCAGUUUUGUCUACACCAAUGGCUGACCCACCCCGACCAAAGAGAUUAUCACGGCAAAACAGUGAAAAUAAGGAAUAUACACAACCAAGGUUGUUGCUGCAACAGGGAUAUCAACAACCAGCUGGGAACGUUGUUAUGGUUAGUUCAAACCAGAUACAGACAGAGGGGGUGAGAAUUAUGCCAAAACCACAGGUAGUGACCCCUGUCCCACAAGAGCAGUACUAUAUAAUUGGGGAUCAUGUAGGCAUGAGCAGCCAAAUGCAGGUGCCAAGACUUGAACUUGCCACUCCCGUCGAGAUGGAGCGCCAACGACCACAAGAAAUCAAAAUACAGAUUCAGUUACCAAAACCUGAGACAAGAGCUCCUACGCGUGAAGGUGUCACUACAAUAUCUCGAUCAAGUAGUGUCAUCAAAGAUUUACUCCUGAGGAAUCAAAGCCCAUCACAGGUUGCUGUGGUACCUACAGAAAAUCAACCAAAUAUUCGCAGAAUGCUGAGUGCACCACAAAUGUCUCAACCUAAAAUUGACCAUAUCGUCGUUGAGGAGAUUGAAGGGGGUCACCUUGUCAUAGCAGAUUCUGUGGAGGUUGAUCUUCUUGAUCAGUCUCAUAGUAAUGCUCCAUACUUGGCUGCUGAUCGAUUAGACACCCGUGGUCAUAUAUCCCGUGCGAAAAGUCUUGAGAUUUCUGCGUCUGGAAUACCACAUUUUGGUCGAUUACAUGCCUCUUCAUCCUUGUCACUGUCAAGUAUCCCAGGAGCAUUACAGAGGUCCGCAUCUCUUGGCCAUCACCCAGGUGGCUCAAACAGCUCCCUGUCGCAACCGAAUUUGGCACAGAUGACGUCAUUCCAGAGACAAACUAGUACAGAAACACCACCAAACCAAAGCCAUGCAAGCUCUCAUUCUUUGCAGAAGUUGCGUGGGAAGAUUUUGAUGCGUCGGUCAAUGAGUGCAGAGCGUGUUGUCGAAGAUGAGUCAAUAGUGAAGCCUGACACACCAAAGAUAUCGCUAAGCAAACAGGUGACCACACCACAGAAACGUAAGGAAGCAUACAAGUCAACAUCACUUGGGAGAAGUUCUCUGACUAGCAGUUUGAAGCAGGCGUCAGUAGAACGACAGCCAUCCGUGGAGAAGCAAGUAUCAUUCGAUAUUGAUGGCGAAGAGAAGCAGAAGGAACGAAGAUCUAAAACUGACACGAAGGAUGAUUAUGAUAGGCUGCAUGUAUUCUCUCGAACUCAGUCAGAACCUGCAAUGGGUUUACAGCACAGCGGGGAGCAGAUGCGGGACGAACUAGCCAUGCCUGUAGCAGUGGCAAUACAACCAGAACCACGCUCAGAUCUGGUCGGUCAGUCACUACUAGGACUCCUGCCAAUGCCACCAAGGGAAGUACAGGAUGUUGUUGCCACAGGAAAAAAGGUCAUAAGUGUUUCCCUGCCAGGGUCAAGUCAGCAAGCAUUUAUUCUGCCAGUCAACCAGAGUUUUCAAUUCUUCCGUCAGCCAAGGUUAGCAAUUGCACCACUCCACCUUGGCCGCAUGUAUGGCAAUCAGAUGGUAUCAACUAGCCCCAGCAGCUCCUUCAAGUUCGCUACUUCACCAAAGGAUUCACCAAAUAUAUCCCCAGUGAAAGAGCCUGGGAAAAUUGUCAUGCGUGUACCGGCUGAUUUAAAGUCGUCAUCAAUUCAUAAUCUCCCUCCAGAGAAAGCAAUGUCUUUACUGUUAUUGGGGCACAACUAUCCAUCACUUCGUAUGUCCUCCAAUUUGUCUUUCUGUUCUUUGCAAGGGACGCAACCAAUGUACGUACCCAUAGGAAGCAGCAAUAAGAUAUCUAUGUACUCAAAUUGGAAGACAGCCAGUCAUAACCCAAACCCGAUGGGCCUGUCAAGCAAGGCACUGUUCUCUCUCUAUCGGACGCGCAAGUGGUCAUCGCGUGAGUACUUUGUGACAGCACCCACCCAGGCAGCCAACACUGGAGUCCUCACCCACAGCAGUGCAUGGAACUUCUUCAACAAUGUGAAAACUCCUGCCCAGCGGAACAUGACAGCACCAGUUAUUUCCAGCCAGAUUUCACCUUCGAAGGUGAAACCAGAUUUAAUCACAUCCCCACAGAGAGCAAAAGAUGACUCAAAUAUUCUGAUGACAAAGAUGACAAAGUUCAUUAAACUGCCGCAGGUGACAAAACAGGCAUCACUAGAUGAAAAUGCUCUUCGACGAAAUUCAGAGAACCGUGAACUGAAACGGUCGCUUUCUGAAAUGGUGACUCCAAAGCGUGUGAAGAUAUUCAAAGGAGGCUGGAAGUCCGAGGAAGAGUAUAUCUAUGUGCGUGGCCGCGGCCGUGGAAAAUAUGUGUGCGAGGAAUGUGGCAUCAGGUGCAAGAAACCCAGCAUGCUGAAGAAGCAUAUCCGCACUCACACUGACGUUAGACCUUAUGUUUGUAAGCAUUGCAGUUUCUCAUUCAAGACCAAGGGCAAUCUCACCAAGCACAUGAAGUCUAAAACUCACCAGAGGAAGUGUGUUGAACUUGGUGUCUUGCCAGUACCAAUUUGUAUUGAUGACUCGCAGAUUGAUUUGGAGGCCCUCGCACGUCAGGCCAGGUUGACCAAGGCACAGAAGGAUCUUGAGGAUGAAGUUGGCAUGAAUUCUGACGAUGAUGGAGAGGAUGACGAUGAUGAUGACGAUGACGAUGGUGAUGAUGGGGAGGAUAUGGAGAUUGAUGAUGAAGAAGAGACAAGGGAAAGUGUGAACGUUUUAUCAAGUCUUGAGAUGGCUGAACCAGAUCAUGAGGAAGAAGUGGUGACAGUUGAAACACCAGAGAAGACGAGAGCAAAUGCAGCCCCUGCCUAUGUGGCCAUCCGAGGGGAGCAGGGCAAUCAGCCAACAUUUGCUAAAGUCAUCCUGGAUGGUGAGAAGAUUUCUGAACAAAGACUUGGCACAAUAUAUGGCUAUCGAACAAAACAUGGCACGGACAAAGGAGACGAUGCAAGUCGCCAAACGAUAGAUGAUGAGAUUGCUAGGAGUCUCCUCGACCUGUCCAAGGGCGCUGAGCAGAGCCCAGGAGGAGACGACUCACAGGACUCGCAGGGUGAGAAACAAGGUGAACGUUUGGGUAGCCUUAUUGGGGCUCUGAUAGAUCGCACGGCGAUGACCAAGGGCGAUUCCCCAGUCAAGGUGAUUAUACAGCAGGAAGGAGGAGAACAGGUGAUUAUUGAGAGAACACCAUCACCUAUGGCUGCUGAUAAAAACGAAGUCAAGAAAACAGAUGAUGCUUCAAAGAGCCCUGCAGCAGCAUCAUCAAGUGUGCAAUUCAUCUUCACACCAGAUUCAACCUCGAAGAGUGGUGCUGGUACAAUACGGAUAACACAUUCUGGUUUUGUACCACCGAUCUUUUUCUCCAAAGAAGCUGCAAAAGAAAUGUCGGCAAAGAAUUCUGGCCCAACAGAGAAAGAGGAAGGUUCUGGUUCUGAUGCUGUUCAGGCACUGGACAAGAAGCAGAGGGUACCUACUGCGGUUGAAACAGCCAAGGGUAUAUGGCUAUCAUCAGGUGGUCAGACAGUCAAUUCCGGUCCUAUCAUUGGGCAAAUGGUGCGACCAAUACUAUUGCCAGGAUUGGGGCCGAACGUCACAGCUGCUACAAGUGCAGUACCUGUGAUUACUUCCACCAUCUCAUCACCUCGAUUAUCACCACAGAGCCAAGCAUCAAAUCCAUUUAGAGAUAAGCGAAAAGCCGAAAGUUUCGAACAAGUCUCACCACCAAAAAGACCAAGGACACUUUCACCGUUUUCACGUUGUUCAGAAAGACCAAUGCUGGGCGGGAAAAGGCCAGGUCUAGUCCGUCAGAUAAGUGUGGACAUUGCAGAUGAUUCAAUGCCAGGCAGUGCCAUCGGUUCUGACACGUCUCUGAUGGAUGCUGGUCCUGCUGGUUUAAGACAGAGCCCUUCUUCAUCUGGAGUACCAGUCCACUCGGUGUAUAGCCAUUCAGGGCUCUCAGCACCAGCAACAAGUGUCUUAGUCCGACAGCUCUCAGCCCCUCUCCCACAAGUCACCCAGAACCCGGGGAGCCAGGUUGAACCUGAGCAGAUGAGGAGAGUUGUUCGUAGUCCAUCACCCCUAACAGUCACAACUCCUGCAAUACAACUGGUUUCACCGCAGUCACAGAUUGUUCAAGUGUUGCCCCCUGGUGGAGUGAUUGGAAGUCUUAGCACAUCAGUGCAAAGCCCCCAGUUGGUCCUUCCUCAGGGAAUGAAACCUGUAUCUAUCGCUGAUCUGACAGGGAAAAGUGGUUACAUUCAACUUCUGAGCACUCCUAGUGGCCAGAUCACGCUCCUGCCUACCCAGAGUUACUUUGAGAAUCUCAAACCUACUAGUCCAGUUCUAGUGCAAUCGAUGCCUGUAAUGGGAGAACAAAUUUCCAGGGAAAAUGCUGAGCGGAGCUUAGCAGAUAAGGAAUGUGUGUCUGAGUCCAGGACAUGGCACGGAGAGUGUCAUUCUAUUGAAGAAGCCAUGGAUGUUGCUGAACAAAGAUCAAGGUCACCUUCCCGAUCGUUAUCACCUUCAGGGUCAAGAUCACCUGUAGGCUCAAGGUCACCAUCAGGUGCAAGGUCACCAUCUGGGUCAAGGUCACCUGGAUUAGAUGAAGAACCAAAGAGUCAAGGUCAAAAGGUGUCCAAGCUGGCCUCGUCACAAAGUCCCCAUCAACGUGAUGUCACAUAUGUGACUGGUGAGAAUAGUGCACCGUUUGAAAUCAAACCAAUACCAGGCAGGGUUAAUGAUGAAAAAGAGGCUCUCGUUGAUGGUAAAUAUGUGUGUACUACAUGUGGCAAACUCUUCACCGAGCACCACCAGUUGACAUUACACAAAAACAUCCAUUACAUAGAACGCCAGUAUCGAUGUGAGGACUGUAACAUCUCUUUUAGAACUCCUAUUCUGUUACAAAAGCAUCGACGUUCGGAAAGUCAUCAUGCGAAAUUAAGCGUCAAUCAACAAUUUGGGAUUCCAACUACAGACAAUCCACGCCCAUAUCGCUGCGAUGAUUGUGAGGUUGCAUUUCGCAUUCAUGGACACCUGGCAAAACACCUGAGGUCAAAAGCACAUAUCGCUAUGUUGGAGCGCAUGGGAAAAGUUCCUCAUGGAACGUCUUCACGAAUGGAACAUAGUGAAAGUGAUGGAAGUUUAGAAUCUGAUCCAUCGUUAGAUAGUCUUCGUCAAAUGAUUGACAAUGCCAACAACGCCACCUUAUUCCGGAAUAUGGAAGUGCAGAGUUCACCAGGCCAUGCAGGUGUCCCUUUCCGUGCCUUGUCGUCGUACUCCACUGAGUCAGAAUCUGGGGAACCUGUCCUUACUCGCUCGACCAGCUAUCCGCCCGUGCCGAUGAUUGUAAUCGACCAUGUUGAUGACGAUGACCCCACAGUUCCUCCCUGCGGCAUUCCAGAAAUCAUGAUCACCCCUGCAACACCUGUGGCAUGCAAUAUCCCGACAUCAAGUCCCCCGCCGGAGCCGAGUGAUACAGACCCUUCAUCUAUGCGUUCUAGUGAAUAUGAGACUGAUGUCCAUGCAUCAAACGAUCGUGUGACUGUGGAAAUAAAACAAGAACUUAUUGAUUUGUCUGAAGUUGGAGGACGACGUCAAGUUCUUGAUCCGAGUUCAAAACAGUUACCUUUGAUAAUAACAUUCCAGUGUUCGCAGUGUGGUGCUAAAAUGACAGACAAAUCAGUUUUUGAAAGUCACAUGAUUUCACAUCAGACUUCGAAAGCAACAUCUUUGAAUGAGGGAAAACAGCUGUCAGUUGAGGGUGGUGGUGUGGGAUGCAAAGGUGGUGUCACAUUGCCUGAUGGUGGUGCCAUGGUGCGGGAUGGCGGUGCCCAGAAGUGUGGGAUAUGUGCCAAAAGAUUUGCCUCCAUAGGAACACUUAGGCAACACCUUGCUAGCCACGCCGAACUGCGCCCAUACGUGUGUGAAUACUGUGAUGCGGGCUUUACCACUGGCCAGUCUUUGAGGAUUCAUCUCGGCACACAUAGACAGGAACGUCCAUACGUGUGUGGUAAUUGUGGCCUGACCUUUGCCCAGUCAGAUGACCUGAAUACCCACCACAGUAGGGAACACGGACCCCUGGAGGAAGACGUGCAGGCAAAAUCACAAGAUGGCAGCACUUCAUAAUCAUUGCUGACUUAACCUUGUAUUUGGAUUCUCAUUUCUGCUUUAAAUUUUCCUUAUCCUGUGAAACUUAUUUCAUGUAUUAAUUGUCCCAUACAUCCAUUCUGAGUAGCUGCAUUUCACAAGUUACAACCCUUAAGGCCGGUUUACACAUGCAACUUUUUAGGAGAAACACAUAGAAACUAAGAGAAACUUGACUGACAGGCUAUGUAAUUUGAACCAUGAAACCUAAAAGUUUCUUCAUGUUGCAUGUGUGAACUGGUCAAGAAACAUGAUGAAACCCCUUUCUUGAAACCUUGUGAAACUAGGAGAAACAUGAAACAAUUUACGAACAUGCUCGUAAAUUCUGGACAGGUUUCAUCAAGUGUCGAUUACAUUUUAACUCUGUGGCCAAUCAGACUGUGAUAAAAAGUCAUGUGAUUUUUACUCCAUAUCCAAAAUGGCAAAAUGGCUAAAAGUGACAAGUCAAAUGCAUAUGAGUGUUUCAUAGUGUGUCACUGUGUAAAUGUCCAAGGUAAGGUUUCUCGAUGUUUCAUGUUUCUCAGUGUUUCUCCAUGUUUCAUUGGAAAACGUUGCAUGUGUAAAGCGGCCUUUAUGUGUGAUUAAAAAGUUUAAAAUUGGUGUUCAUAGGGUCAUAUCAACUACAGUAGAUGUUAUCAUUCCACUUUACACUAAAUCUUUCGACUUACCAAAAACAUCACCUUAUAAUAGCUCUUUGAUCCACCUACCGGGUGAACGCGGUUUGCUUUUCACUGUCAGUCCCCUGUGAUGAAAAACCUGAUACAUUUGGUUGAGCCGUAACAGUCUCUGGCCGACAAUUAUAAUAAUAAUAAUAAUAAUAAUGAGUCUUUUAUAUAGCGCCAUUCCGUGACACUAUAGUUCUCGAUCAAAGCGCUUUGGAAUAUCAUAUUAUUACCCCGGUCUCCACAGAAAUCAAUCAGGGGUUUCAAGGAGCAACCAGAAGGUGUUCACUUGAACUCAAACAAUUGUUUUGAAAACGACCAUAGCGCUAUCUGACAUCAUCUCUGAAUAUCUAUCUUUCAGUUGGCAAGUUCCAUUGAGAUUAGUGGUUGCAAUUUCACGUGAGAGAUCGCAGUUGUUGUGUGUAUUGGCAGACGAUAAGAAAAACUUGGGAAUCAUCUGUCAAACAAUUUCAAUAACCAAAAAAACAAUCACAGACAAAAAAAACCUAAUAAUCAUUGAUCUGGCUUUGAUUUAUCAUCCAUCAUUCAAAAAACUAGAUAAUUUUGAGAAAUUUAAUUGAUUUGUUGGAAAUUUUCCCACCAAUUCUGUCUGUUUUUCAGACAAAGAGGCAAAAAUCUUAUCAUAUUUUUUCAUGGAAUCUGUCAAACACUUUCAAUAACCGAAAAAACAGUCGCAGACAAAAAACCCAAUAAACAUUGAUCAGGCUUUGAUUUAUCAUCCAUCAUUCAAAAAACAAGAUAAUUUUGAGAAAUUCAAUUGAUUUGUUGGAAAUUUUUCCACCAAUUCUGUCUGUUUUUCAGACAAAGAGGCAAAAAUCUUAUCAUAUUUUUUCAUUGGAAUCUGUCAAACAAUUUCAAUAACCGAAAAAACAGUCGCAGACAAAAAACCCAAUAAACAUUGAUCAGGCUUUGAUUUAUCAUCCAUCAUACAAAAAACAAGAUAAUUUUGAGAAAUUCAAUUGAUUUGUUGGAAAUUUUUCCACCAAUUCUGUCUG